AUGUUCCGCGCCGCUCUCCCCGCUCUCCGAUCCGCCCUCCCCUCCGCCCGUCCCUCAGCUUUCGCCGCCGCAGCGCGGUUCCAGCAGCCAAUCGCCGUGCGGACAUAUGCGGCCGCUGCGGGCUUGAGCAGAUCGGAUAUCGAGUCGCGGGUCAUGGAGGUCAUGAAGACUUUUGAGAAGGUCGAUGGGGGAAAGCUCUCCGCAUCCGCAACAUUCACCUCGGACCUCGGGCUCGACUCGCUCGAUGCCGUCGAGGUAGUCAUGGCCAUCGAGGAGGAGUUUGGGAUCGAGAUCCCCGACGCGGAGGCGGACGAGAUUACCACUGUCAAGCAGGCGAUCGACUAUGUUGAGAAGACUCCCGAAGGUGGGUUGUCGCCCUCGUCUUAA